UCAGUCCGGUCGUUGUUGCAUCGAAUAGUACCAAAAAUUUACCGUCCAUGUGCGAUGAAAGUUAUUCCGCAAUUAGUUUUAAUUGUAAUACCGAGCUUUAUCCACAUCCACGCAACCAGCAGCAGCAUCAGCACCAGAGCCAGUGGUUGCAGCGAUCAAACAGGCGAUGAUGGUCGUUUAUUGGAUAACGAGACCUUGGGGCCCGGAGCCAGUCGGAACCGGCGUUCGGCCGGAAGCUACGAGCCGGAUUUAGUGAUGGACGCUAUUGAAGCCUCCGAUUACCCGUUGGAAGUCCAUGUGGUCGUGACAAAGGACGGCUACAUCCUGAAACUGCAUCGCAUACCUGACCCUGCACUGCAAGAAGACAACGACGAUGUCCAGUUGGAUAGUGGGGCGAACGGUGCGGCCGGUUUUCGUGGCGUUGUUCUGCUCAUGCACGGAAUGUUCUCUACGGCAGCGGAUUUCGUAGUAACAGGACCGGAUAAUGGGUUAGCCUUUGUGCUUGCCGAUGCCGGGUAUGACGUUUGGCUGGGAAAUACCCGUGGGACGCGAUACUCGCGGAAGCAUAUCAGUGUGAGUCCAAAGAUGGCGCCGUUCUGGGAUUUCAGUUGGCACGAAAUUGGCACCACGGACUUAGCGGCUAUGAUAGAUUACAUUCUACGGCACUCCGGAGAACGACAGCUCCACUACGUUGGCCACAACCAAGGUGUAACGGCCGUCCUGGUGUUACUCGCUGAAAAACCGUCGUACAAUCGGAAAAUUAUCACCAUCUCUGGAAUGGCUCCAUUGGUUUUUCUCGGAAAUGGCAAAAAUGAGCUUAUCGAGCGGCUGGCGAAGUUCAAUGACCAAAUUUGGUUCACACUAAAAGCGCUCAACAUAUUCGAGCUAACUCCAUCGGAGGAGAUUCUCAAAUUCAUCGGCAGUACAGUUUGUUCGGGAGAGGCACCCACCGGUGAUUUAUGUUCCGAACUUUUGGGAAGAUUUUUCGGUUUUUCCACUGAACAGGCUAAGACGCUGCUUCCCGAACUACUGAACAAAAUUUUGACUGGGAUCUCCACGAAGCAGCUGAUUCACUACGGACAACUUAUGGAUUCGGGAAAAUUUCAUCAGUUCGACUACAAAAUUUUUAUACAAAACAUGCAACAUUACAAACUGGGCAAACCACCGGAGUAUAACUUGUCCAGAAUUACGGUUCCGUUUACGCUCUUCUACGGAUCCAAAGAUUUUUUCACCUCACGACAGGACAUGAAAAAAUUACUUCGCGCUUUACCAAAGAUUAGUAGCUAUACUGAGAUCCCCGGAUGGACACACAUGGACUUCAUCUACAAUGUACAGGUGUACGCAAAAGUGUACAGUAAAAUUAUAGAAUCGAUGAAAAAUUUCACUGCAGUACGAAACAGGUGA